AGAAACAAAUAAAUUCAGCGCAUUAAACUGCAUUCUAAAAAUGUUAUUAAGGAAUAAUUUUUAUUUAGUUGCCCUCAUUAUUCGUGAGCGCUUACAAAGUCGCCAACGGUAGGUGGCGCUGCCAUCGUGCACCUGACCAAUUGCUAAAUAUUGUAAGUUUACCGAAGGCUCAUUUCAAGUGGAACAGUUGAGGCGUGUAAUGGUGAUAAUUUUAAUGAACUUGCUAUGGCGAACCCCCUGUUAGAAAGAUUGGAUUUAGAUGAUGUUUUGGUUAAAUUUAAAGUGUACGAUCAUUAUCACGGUGUGGCACUAAUAUAUCUGACUGUGGCACUCAUGUUCGAUUUUGUAUGGUAUUGUAAUCACGUCAUUGUAGCUGAGAAAGUGGGAUACAGGUAUGUUUAUUCACAUGUUAUGUUACUUAUAACAGUUAUAACGCACCAUUGUCAAAGUAUUAAUUCUAGUGAAAUAAGUAGAAUAAUAUGUAAGUUCUUUUUAGAGUUCCGUAGUCAACUAGGAACCCUUAUAGUUUUGCCAUGUCUGUCUGUCUGUCUGUCCGAGGCUUUGCUCCGUGACCUUUAGUGCUACAAAGCUGCAAUUUAGUAUGGAUGUAUAAAUCAUUCGAUCCGACAUAGUGGUAAGAAAAAUAUAAAAAAAUUGGGUACCUCCGCUACAGGUGAAGUGGGGAUUUUGUUGAGAAGAGAAGAAGAAUAUUUUCGGAACUAAUCGUUCCGAAAGAAAAAAAUGCCCUCUAACUUUUGAACCAUGUCCAUAAAAUACAGUAAAUGUAAUGUAUAUUAAAACAUCGUGAUGUUAGAACCUAAUAAAGACAUUUAAUGAAAACUAUAGCGAACGUGAUCAGUAAAGCCGAUUUAGAAUUAUCGCAAAAAGUUUUUCCUUCAUAGUAAAAAGACGUACAAAGCGAUGUGAAGGUACUCCCGUUUGCUUGUUAUGAGUACAUAAUACUUAAUAGCACUCGAUCUAGGUGUAUUGUGACGUGACGGACGGAUAACUGCGGAACCCUACACUGAGCAUGGCCCGACAUGCUCUUGGGCCGGUUUUAUUUUUAAAUUGAUUUAUGUUUAAGAUUUUAUUUUUAGAUAAAAUCAAUUAAAAUAAUUUCUUUGAAACGUAGUUCAUUGUCCAAAUGGCAAUAUCAAAGUAUUUUUCAGCCCUUGAACACACCUUCUUUGUUAACAGCAAUUCGAACAUUAAUUUUGUGUGUAUUAUGUGAACAAGGAUUUAUAUUAAAACUUUUCUUUUUGUUGGUAAAUAUAAUGUCUUUAUAUGCACUUUGUAUUGUUUUGUAAGUGUUUUUAUAUUUCACUUUUAUAUUCAUAUUAUAAAUAACCUAACCAAGAUGUUAAAUGAAUAAAGAAGAUAAUAAUGUAAUUAUUAAUUAGUCACACAGAUUCGUAUAAUGGUUCAGAUUAAUACAUCACAGUUGUAACAAAUUCUGGUUUGAGCAAAUUAAACAUUUGGAUGGAAACAAAACCACGUGAAAAUGUACUUCAUAACUAUAGUAACGUUAUUAAUUAAUGAGGUGUAAACAAACGAAUCUUGUCUCUUAUCUGUUUUAAAAGCAAAUAUAUAUUGCUAUUAUUGCUACUGUAAAUUUACCGAAGGCACAUUUCAAACGGAAUAGUUGAGGCGUCGUAAUUGUGAUACUUUUAAUGAAGUUGCUAUGGCGAGCCCCCUGUUAGGAAUAUUGGAUUUAGACGAUGUUUUGGUCAAGUUUAAGGUGUACGAUCGUUAUCACGGUGUGGCACUAAUAUCUCUGAGUGUGGCACUCAUGUUCGAAUUUGUAUGGUAUUGUAAUCAUGUCAUUGUAGCUGAGAAAGUGGGAUACAGGUGUAAUGAGCCAAAUAACAUAAGUGAAAGCUCAAAUACUAGUUACAUACCGAAUUCAACAGUAGAAUGGUGCAAAAAUCUUGAGGCGUGUCCGGAAUGGGUGUAUGAUAAUCCAGACAGUUUUGUAGCUGAAUUUCAAUUGGCAUGCCAAGACUGGAAGAGAACUUCAGUCGGAAGCAUGCACAAUAUAGGAUACAUGUUUGGGCUUCUCACUAUUGGACCUUCGUCCGACAGGUUCGGCAGGAAAACUCUGGUUAUAAUAACAUGCGUGGCAGGCGGAACGCUGGGAUGCAUGAAGAGUUUCGUCACGUCAUACUGGCUAUAUGUAGCUCUAGAGUUUAUGGAAGCGGCAGUCGGUGACCCUAUGUCUCCUGUAUAUAUGCUUGCUAUAGAAAUGGUGGCAACCAAGUCACGGGUCACGUAUUCGACUACAUUCAUGACGGGUCUUGGUAUAGGAGGAAUUAUAUUCUCGUUUGUUUCUUGGCUAAUUCCCUACUGGCGAACGUUGCUGAGGGUCGUAUACGCGCCAGGACUACUCGCCAUAUUUUUCAUUUACUUGCUGGACGAGAGCCCCAGGUGGCUGCUAAUCAAUGGCAAGAAGGACGAAGCUGUGAAAAUAAUAAAGAAAGCAGCAAAGCUAAAUAAAAUGACAAUGGAAGAAAAUUUAAACAAUAUAUCUUAUGAAGUAAACAAAGGACCAAGUUUUGCUUCAGUAAUAAAAGACACGUUUAAAUCUAGAUCUUUACUAAAGCGAUUUUUCGUUUGUGGCAUAUGGUGGGCUUCUGCCACUUUUGUAAAUUUUGGAUUGAUUGUUAAUUCUACGUUAUUAGGAGGCAACAAGCAUAUAAAUUUUGGACUCUCAGCUGCAAUGAAAAGUCUGGGAAUUUUGUUUUCAGCAUACAUCAUUACCAAAUAUCAUAGAAAAGGCCCCUUAAUAUUCUGCUUCGUGGCUUGCGCUAUCCUUUGUACUGGACAACCAUUCUUACCAAAAAAUCUUUGGCUCCAGAUAAGCAACUACAUGGUGGGCUUACUUUUAUCGUGUGCGAACUUUUGCAUCAUCUACUUAUUCACGUCUGAACUUUUUCCCACUCAGUCAAGGAACUCCAUGCAUGCGUUGUGCUCGGCUGUCGGAAGGAUUGGCUCUAUAUUAGCACCACAAACGCCGUUAUUAAUGGCGUACUGGUCAGGUCUGCCAACACUAUUGUUCGGCGUGGUGUCCCUGAUUGCAGGUCUCGCCACGCUGCUCGUGCCGGACACCGCAGACCAAAGUCUGCCGGACACGGUCUACCAGGCCGAGAAAAUGGAGGCUCAAAUCUUGACAGAAAGUCGGCCUUGAUAUAACUUCAUGCACGUUUGAGUUUUUUUUUCUUCCUAGCGUUCUGCCGGUAUUUUGGCACGGCUCAUGGUAGCCUGGGGUCCGCUUAGCAACUAAUCCCGGAAAUUAGCGUAGGCACCAGUUUUUACAAAAGCAACUCCUAUCCGACCCUCCAACCCAGACGGUAAACUUGGCCUUAUAGGGAUUACUUACUUACUUAUUUUUUAGUAUUAAUGUCAAAUAAAUACAACCAUUAAUAUAUACAUGAAAAGAAAGAAAUAUUUUAGCAGUUAUUUAACUCCAGUAUUCAUUAAAAAAGACAAAUACAACUUUAAAAUAAAUUUUAUUAGCACAA